AUGGCUGUGUUGAAAGCUGACCUCAAACAGUCGUUUGGUGUAGAGGUUAGAGAUGACUACCUUGCGUUGGAAGUCAUGCUUCAGUACAUUUGCACAACGCACAACCGUUUUGGCGCCCCUUGUGAGCAGACCUUGGCGCCCAUGGAAGUGUUGUUAGGCAAGAAGCUACCGCAAGCAAAGUCCUCACUGGUAGGUUGUUGCGUCCUAGCUGAGCUGCCAGAGUCAAUCAAGCAUGUCACACGCUGGGAAGAGGCAGCUUAUCUUGGCCAUGCUUUAAAUUCGCUUGGGCAUCGCGUUUGCGUCGUUUUAGAGGGUGUUCCUCAGGUUUUCGUGGCAAGGGCUAUUCGGGCUCUUGUUUCUUUAAGCUGCAAGCCUGAAUUGGCUCCAAUGCUUUUCAGCACGAGUGGAAACCUGCACCAGGGUGUAACCCCUGAAGCCCAGACCACAUAUGAGCCCCCGAAGUUAACGGGAAAUCCUCCAGCUGCUUGGUUUCAAGCCCAUGGUAAAACUGCAGGCUGCACUGCUUGUGAUCGUGGUUUCAAAGGGCACGUGCACAACAAAGCCUGCAAGCAGCGGUACCUUGCAUGGUAUGAGGAACAUCAUAAGAAGAUACUUCCGGAUACGUUGCCGCAAGCACAGCCUCGUGGUGAGACGCUGUCCUCGCCAGACGCAGAUGCUUCUCAAGAUGUUUCUAUACCGCAGGGAGAAGGUGUUCAAAUCCUACCCUAUUACCGAACGCGCGGGAAAACAAACCCCUUGUCAAUGCCAGUGCCUGCAAUAGCAGAUGAUGCAGAUGAAAGGAAGAAAAUGAAGCUUGACGAGGGAGCUUCUCUCGAAGUGCCAGCCACAGAGCUUCGUCAACCUGCAUUUAGUUCUUUUCCAGUUGUUCAGAGCAGUUCUGCUGAUGUGACGGUUCAAGACGCUGAAAUGGUUCAAAUAGAUGUCCAGCCUGAGUCCCGUGCAGCUUCUAGUGAAGUGGCUGGGCCAAUGGACCUUGAAGUUGAUAGUCUUUGUGUUGCCUAUAACUUUGGGCAGCCAGAUUUGGAUGAGAAUGCUGCAUCCACUUUUGUUCAAAAGUUACUGUUUUGCUAUGCCCUUUAUUUUAGUGAGGAGCCAGCGACGGUUUCGUUUUCCUUGUGUGGUGCGCAGAUCACUGUCGCAGAGCCAAAACGUUGUGUUGCUGAUGGUACCGGUCUGUUGCUUAGCCCGAAGAAAACCUUCGAGGGUAUGCUUACUGAGCUGAGGGAGGACCCAGAAAAGGUCAGGAGCCGCUUAGUGGUGCAAGAGAUCGUGAAGCGGGGUGACCAGAGUGCCCGGCAGUUAGCUAUCUCAUCUCCAACCGUCCACUUGGAAACCUUUCGCACUCUUGUCGCGUGGGCUGCCAUGUUGGAUAUGUGGCUCUUUGCGUUUGAUGUCUCCACAGCGUUCAUGUCCAGCGAGCUUGAUGCUAAGCACCAAGUAAUUAUACAGAUGCCGCCUGGUUGCUUCUAUGCAAACUGGGAACGAGUGUACUUGCUUCUUGACCGCGCGUUGAAUGGAUUGCGUGUUGCUGGUUUGGCGUGGACGAACAAGUUGACUCGAGUCGUCAGUCAGUUGGGGCUGCACGCCGGUUCCUUGGAAUGUUGCUUGUUUACUGGCUACUACCAUGGAGUUUGGAUUGCAUUGCUGGCGUACGUUGACGAUUUUUUGGUGGCAUGUCCGUGUGAACGCUUGGGGUGGAAAUUUCUUGCUGAGCUGCAGCGAGAUCUCAAAGUUCGCCAUGUUGGAACGUUGCUGCCUUCAACUGAGGGUUCCAGCAGGCUUGAGUUUCUCGGCAGAGUGCUGGAGAGACAUGCUGGAGACUGUGCUAUCUACAUGUCUAUGCCCGCGAACUAUUUGAAGCCUUGUUUUGAUGCCUUCCAAAUUGCAAAACCCUCGCCGAGCGUCCCUGGAAUCGACAAGAUCCUUGAGGACACCUCUGAGGAGGCAUGCGCCGCUUUGAGCAGAGAGGCGUCCACGAGAUACAGGACUGUUUUGGGCAGGCUGUCUUGGUUCGGUUUGGUACGUGGUGACUUGGCCAUUUUUAUCAUGCUUUUGAGCACGGGACAGAGUGCUCCGUUGAACAAGCAUGAACGAGCUUUAAGGGCAGUCCUCCGCUUCUUACUUUCCUGUGAACACCUUGCAUUGAGGUAUCCGUCUUCAGAGCAAGAUGUCAAUAUCCCUGUUGCUGCUUACACUGAUGCGUCAUGGGCUCCCAUGGAGUACUUGAAGCGAAGAUCGGUAAGCGCAGGGUACAUUUUUGCGUUUGGGUCCUUGGUGAAGCAUUGGUCGCGUGUGCAGCAAAUAGUGGCCACUUCCUCCUGUGAGUCAGAGAUUGCUGCCAUUGCUGUUGCCGUUGCUGAAAUCAGUUGCGUGCAAGAUGUCGUCGUUCAUGUUGCUGGGGCAGGCGCCCCAAUCCCUGAAAUUUUUACAGAUGCGCAGUCUGCUCGAAUUGUUUUGCUGAGUAAGGGUGAAACUCGCCAGUCGCGCCACUUCUCAAUCAGGUGUCAUAUGAUCCGACAGAAGUUGUCAGACAAUGAGGUGUGCCUGACUUGGAAGCCUGGUUGUGAGCUCCUUGCAGACAUGGGUACCAAGGUGUUGCCCACUAGUAAAUUCGUUGUUUUUCGUGCGCAGUGUGGAUACGUUGAGUUGAAGGCUGCAGUCUUGAAUGAGCUGCUCACUGCGAUGCCACCUUUUGUUGGUCACUUCAAGUGA